CACCGUCAUCCCCCUCUCCCUACGAACUUGUAGUCCCCCGGCACUCGCCCGUCGUCAUCGACGAUGUUCAACCUCGCUAGCAGGACCGCCAGUGCGGUCAUGUCUGUCAAGCGCCUGGCCGCUGGUAUGGCCACCGCUGCUCCGCGCAUUGGUGACAAGAAAGUCUCCAUGAGUAGACUGGAGCCAAAUAGUUAUAUUAAUUAUCAGCGCAUUGAAGAUAACCUCGCUGUUGUGCGCUCAAGGUUGAAUCGACCACUGACAAUGUCAGAAAAGAUUCUCUAUGGACACCUCGACGAUCCUCAUAACCAGGAUAUCGACCGAGGGAAGAGCUACCUCAAGCUCAGACCAGACCGCGUAGCUUGUCAGGACGCAACUGCGCAGAUGGCUAUCCUCCAAUUCAUGUCCUCUGGGAUGGACGCCGUCGCAGUCCCUACCACCGUACACUGCGACCAUCUUAUUGAGGCACAAAUUGGCGGGCAAGCAGAUUUGAAGCGUGCUAUUGACAUCAACAAGGAGGUUUAUGACUUUUUGGCUACUGCAACUGCGAAGUAUGGUAUGGGCUUCUGGCGCCCCGGCUCUGGAAUCAUCCACCAGAUCAUCCUUGAAAACUAUGCAUUCCCCGGUGGACUCAUGAUUGGCACGGACUCUCACACACCGAACGCUGGCGGUCUGGGAAUGGUUGCUUGCGGUGUCGGAGGUGCUGAUGCGGUCGACGUGAUGGCGAAUCUUCCGUGGGAACUCAAGUGCCCAAAGGUCAUCGGCGUUAACUUGACUGGCAAGAUCAGUGGUUGGACUACACCGAAGGACGUCAUUCUUAAGGUUGCAGGUAUUCUUACGGUCAAGGGCGGCACUGGUGCGAUUGUUGAGUACCACGGUCCUGGUGUUGAGUCUCUAUCAUGCACUGGUAUGGCUACGAUUUGCAACAUGGGUGCCGAGAUUGGCGCGACGACGUCCAUCUUCCCGUUUAACAGGCGAAUGGUCGAUUACCUCCAGGCCACGAAGCGCGGAGAUAUUGCGGAGUACGCGAAAUCCUUCGAGCACAAUUUGCAGGCAGACAAGGAUGCCGAAUACGACCAGCUUAUUGAGAUCAACCUUUCGGAGCUCGAACCGCACAUCAAUGGCCCGUUCACGCCCGAUCUUGCCACGCCGAUUUCGAAGUUUGCGGAGGAAGUGAAGAAGAAUGACUGGCCAGCGGAGCUCAAGGUCGGCCUUAUCGGUUCUUGUACGAACUCUUCGUAUGAGGACAUGACUCGUUCAGCUGCGAUUGCUAAGGAGGCUGCGGAUCAUGGUCUGCAGGUUAAGAGCAAAUUCACGAUUACUCCCGGUUCCGAGCAAGUCCGUGCUACAAUCGCGCGUGACGGCCUGAUUGAGACUUUUGAGAACGCUGGUGGUAUUGUCCUCGCUAACGCGUGUGGACCGUGCAUUGGACAGUGGGACCGUCAGGACGUACCAAAGGGUGUCAAGAACUCGAUCAUCACCUCGUACAACCGUAACUUCACUGGCCGCAACGACGCAAACCCUGCUACUCAUGCAUUCGUCACAUCUCCCGAUAUCGUCACCGCCAUGGUCUUUGCCGGCGACCUGACCUUCAACCCACUCACUGACACGCUCACUGGUUCGGAUGGCAAGCCGUUCAAGUUCUCGCAGCCUUCUGGUAACGAACUCCCACCACGUGGAUACGACCCUGGUCAGGACACAUUCCAGCCUCCACCCGAGGAUCGUAUGAGCGUGCAGGUUGCGAUUGACCCGAAGAGUGACCGUCUGCAGAGGCUGGAACCGUUCCAGCCGUGGGAUGGUAAGACUCCAACAGACCUUCCGGUUUUGAUUAAGGUUAAGGGCAAGUGCACGACUGAUCACAUCUCCGCCGGCGGACCUUGGCUCAAAUACCGUGGCCACCUCCAAAACAUCUCGCAAAACUGUCUCAUCGGUGCUAUCAACGCAGAGAACGGCGAGGCGAACAAGGUGAAGAACCAGUUUACAGGUGAAUACGGUGGUGUACCGCAAGUUGCUGCGUCCUACCGCGACAAGGGUAUCAAAUGGGUUGUCAUCGGUGAUUCGAACUACGGAGAGGGGUCGUCUCGUGAACACGCUGCGCUUGAGCCGAGGUACCUUGGUGGAUUGGCGAUUAUUACGAAGUCGUUCGCGCGUAUCCAUGAAACGAAUUUGAAGAAGCAGGGUAUGCUUGCUUUGACGUUUGUGAACCCGGAGGAUUAUGAACAUGUGAGGCCGGAUGAUAAGGUGACGAUUAAGGGGUUGGAGAGCUUCGCUCCUGGGAAAAAUUUGGUUAUGGAGGUAAAGCAUAAGGAUGGGAAGACGGAAGAAAUUGAGCUUGCGCAUAGUUUCAAUGAGGGACAGAUCGAGUGGUUUAAGGCUGGGAGUGCGUUGAAUUUGAUGGCAAAGAAGGCCAAGGGCAACUAAAAUGACGUGCUCCCUGUUCACUCUCUACUAGUGAGAUGUCCAAAAUAAAUUUGCAUAACAGCUUGUUAGUCUCGACUACAUUUUCCUCUCAUACUCUGUCUUCUACACACAUAUUUUCCUGCCCUGCCCUGCCUGCCCGUCCUCCUGUCCUAAUCCUUAAAUGCGCUUUCCUUUACUAUUACUUCGUACUUAGUACGUACAUGCAUAUUGUAUUACUUAGACCAAAAUUCCAAGGAAUACAACUAACCGAUUUUAUUUU